CAGUGUUUGAUUCUAGCCGGAAGUAACGCAAUGUCAGACCGCGUCACGCUGUAUCUGCCCACGAGCGAGACACAAACUCACGCUUCCUUCAACCCUUCUUCAACUUUAACCUCACAUCGUUCCAGAAGAACCCUGAGUCUUCCAGCUCGAGAGAAACCAAUCAUUCCGCCUGCAAUCUCAGAAACUCCUGAAGUAACUGGUGAACAACAAUCGGAGGAACGGCCACAAAUAUGUUUGGAAGCAAACUAUGUUUUGGAAGCAAACUAUGAUCAUGACGAAAUACGUUGGUAUACCCCUAUUGUGGGAUUACUUGUGAGUCUGCUGUUAUAUGCAUGGGCAUGUCUCUUGUCUUCAUCUUCAGGCGAUAAAAAUGUUAUUUAUGAUAUUUUCACUUAUGAGUAGAAAAGGAGUCGUCAAUGAUAGCUAAUGAAGUAACAUUUUCCAGCUUCAUGUACAGGGGCUGCAUGUUGUUUUAAACUAAAAUGUAAGUUUUAAAUUUAAACGUAUAUACCAAGGCAAGAGAAAAUGAAUGGAGAGAGAGUUAAUUCUUUGUAUAGACCUUACUCCCAAAGUCAUCCCUCUCAAUCUAUUUUAAGGUUACUUCCGGGUUUGGAAAUCCCAGGAAGACUGGAAAUUGGA